AUGGAUGCAGAUGACGGGGGCGUCCCUGCUGCUGCCAAGCUGACAAGAGAGCAGGAGGCAAGGCUGGUUGCUCGUCUUCACGACGAGUCGAUGUCACACAAGCAGGAAACACUGCGGGUGCUGGACGCCCGCAUUUAUCCCACAAUGUCGUCAAAGCGAAUCCCAAAGGAAGCAAUAGAAGGCAGCGUCAUGCGGCAGGUGGAUCAGGAGAUGAUGAAGAGGCAAGCGGCACGUGAGGAACGCGAGAAACGUAUCCAAGAAGAGAUGAAGCCGCUAAAGGUGCCUUCGGAGACUGUGGAGAGAAGUACCUGCUGGCUUUAUACGGAGUCUAUGCAGCGUAAGAAGGCAAAUCUGGAAGAAAGCAAAAAAAGACACCUGUACGCUGGGCCACCCAUGGUCCAGAAGAAGUCCUCGGAGAUACGCGAGUACGUGACGCGUCUGGCUGUACCAAAAAAACGUGAAUUUACGAUAGAUGAGAUCAACAAAAUUUAUGGUUUGGCUGCGGAACCGGUUAAUGCGAUGGGCGUCUCCGGUGGUGCGGAUGCUGUUGGUGGUGAGACUCAUAACGAGUCGUAG